AUGAGACCUCACGAACAACUGACAUCAAUUGUUUCAGAUGCUAAGCGUACUAGAACCUGUUUAACAAAGUUUUUCAAAAUGAAUUGUAAAUCAGCUUUGGGAACAGGAUGGCUAUAUAGUGAAUUUUCAGAGCACUAUUGGUGGAAUGCAUCAGAUAAACUGUGGAAGACAAGAAAGAAUAAAAAAAUCCAGAUUGGAAGGUUAGCAUUUGUUGGACCUUCUGAAGAUGAAAGAUACUAUUUGCGGUUGCUGCUUCACAAUGUCAGAAGUCCGAAGUCGUUUGAAGAUUUACGUACAGUCAAUGGGCACAUUAAUGCCACUUUUCAGCAGGCAGCACUGAAGUUAGGAUUAAUGGAAGAAGAUGAUGCAAUUGAAUUGUGCUUGACUGAAGGAUGUGCCAUCCAAAUGCCUCAUGUUAUUCGAAGAUUGUUUGCCACGGUACUUAUCUUCUGUCAGCCUAGCGAUCCUCUUUCUUUGUGGACAAAAUAUUAUGAUUCUUUUUUAGAGGAUUACCGAUAUAAAUAUCCUACAAAUGUUGUAAGAGUGAAACAUUUAGUCGUAAGAUCGAUUGAGCAAUUAGUUGAGUCAAUGGGAAGUUCGUUGAAGGCUUUUGGGUUACAUAAUUUAGUAGAAGAUGAUGGUGAUUCUAUACAUGUUACGAAAGAUAUAGAAGAUGCAUUGAAUGCUCCGAUACCAGAAGAGUGUUUAGAAUGUAAAGAAAAGUUAAAUCAGGCUCAACGAGUUGCAUUCGAUGUCAUAAUGGAUCAUGUUACAAAGGGGAAGCCUGGUGCCUUUUUCAUAGAUGGUCCUGGUGGAACGGGGAAAACUUUUUUAUAUAAUGCUCUUUAUGCAGAAAUCAGAUCAAUGAAUAAGAUUGUUUUACCAACAACAACUUCGGGUAUUGCUGCAGCCAAUAUUCCUUCUGGUAGAAUUGCGCAUUCACGGUUUAAAAUCCCUUUAGACCCUUCGAGCUCACUUCCUUGUAAUGUUCCUAAGCAGGGAAGUUUAGCUGUGCUUUUAAGAGAAACAACAUUGAUUAUUUGGGAUGAAGCUUCUAUGGAUAAGAAGGAAAAUAUUGAAUCCCUCGAUUCACUACUAAGAGAUAUUUGCAAUUUAAGUGUAUUAUUUGGAGGCAAAUUAGUAGUAUUCGGUGGGGAUUUUAGACAAGUUCUUCCAAUUGUUCCACGUAAAUCUCAGAGAGAAGCAGUUGCUACAAGUUUAGUUAGUUCUGCUCUGUGGCCACAACUGCUGAAGUUCAAGGUUACUGAAAACUUAAGGUCUAAAGAUGAUCCUGCAUAUGCAACUUUUCUGUUGGCACUAGGAAAUGGUGAAUUGCAAAAAACGGAGGAUGUGUUUGUUGAGCUGCCAUCAGAUAUUGUUAAGCCUUAUUGUACUGGAAUAGAUGAUGAUGUACAUCUAACAGAUGUAGCAUUUCCAGAAAUGGAUAUGUUUCCAUUUAAUUCAGACAUUUUUACUACAAGAGCUAUAUUGACACCGAUGAAUGAGGAUGUUGAUGCCAUAAAUUCAAUUUUGAUUUGCAAAUUCCCGGGUGAAUCAGUAGUGUACAAAAGUUAUGACACUAUGAUUGAUGAAUAUUGUGUCGUAUAUCCUACUGAAUUUCUAAACAAACUUUGCCCUGGUGGUAUGAGUCCUCAUGAGCUUGAGCUGAAAGUUAAUAGUCCUGUUAUUCCGUUAAGAAACCUUCUGCCAGCAACUGGUUUGUGUAAUGGAACAAGACUCAUAUGCAAGCGGUUUUUCCGUAAUCUCAUUGAGUGUGUUAUUACUGUUGGACAUAAUAAUGGUCGGCACGUGUUGAUUACAAGAAUAUCAUUACGUCCAUCGGAUUGA